AUGGCCAUUCGUCUUGCCUUCGGAACUGGCCACAUCCGCCUCCCGGAGGCUGAUCCCGAAGUGGCGGACGACGCCACUCUCUUCGAGGUGCCCUCGGAACCCCAUGGCUCAGAGGAAACAGUGCUACCUGAGCCAACUCCACGCUUUGCGCGUUCACACAAGGCAUCACGCAGCAAACGGUCUUCGCGUGCGCAGCCUGAGCGGACGGGUUCCUCUAGCGUCAGGCUUCCUGAAGAGUUUGUUGUACACGAGGCUCUCACGCAAGAACGUCCGUCGCGCAUGGAGCAGAUCGUCGUGAAAAUCUCUGGUUACAUCAGCAGCUGCGUCUGUUUCGCCGCUGUCUACACGAUCUGCAGUCUUCUUUUCACCCUCUUGGCCAUAUGCCUCUUCGGGGAAAAGGAACCAUACGCCAGCAACACCAAUAUCGUUUACGCCUCUGCGUGGGGCGCAGCCAUUCUCUCCUUGCCGUUCACCAACGUGGUGUUUGCGUACUGCGUGUUCGAGGCGUGGUACGAGGCAAAGCACAAGAUCUACGAGCCUCCGAGUGAGCUCCCGCGGUGGUGGACGUUGCAGCAGCGCGACUCGUACGUGCCUCCGCGGCCCAGGCUCGCGCAGCGGUAUGAGACCUUGGUCACAUGGGCGGGCUUUCUGUCAGGCCUGGUCUUGUCCGGCCUACUCGGGCCUGUGAUCGGGACGGUCCUACAGCUCAGCGAGCUGAACGACGCGAUGACUCCGCUGGCGGCGCUGAAGCUGGGCGGCGCAAGUACUGGGCUAUUCCUUGGAACGAUCGUCAUAAUCGCGUCCUUCGUCGUCUCGAUAUAUGGGGCCCCGCUGUACGAUACGGUACCUGUGAGGGUGAGGCUUUGUGCGGAGCUGGGCGAACCAAGGAGACUGUCCCCGCCCUCGAGUCCGCCGCCCGCAACCAUGGCCAUCUGCCCUAUGCCUCCCAACUUCCGCGUCGCUCGCGCCGACAUGACGCAGCCCGACCUAGAAGCUGCGAAGGAUGCCACACACCGCGUCUCCUCCGAUGCGGCAUCGAUGAUCACGCUCGUGGCAGAGAUACCUGGCAACCCGACGGAGGGGCUUCCAAAGGAGACGACGGGCCGAGCGAGGGAACUGUGUCUGAAAUGGCCGAACAUCAUGUUCCCUACGCCAAACUGGCAGACGCUACGCACCAAUGCCAAGGCAGCCGCGUGGCUGCUCGUGAGCUACGUGUUAACAUGUUUUCUCUCCGCAGUGGCUGUCGUAGGAUGCAACGGCCUGCUGGCCUACUUGACCUUGCUCUCCGUGGCGGUCUUCCCCAACAACCUGUCCUCUCAUCACAAGGAAAUCUUCCUCAUGGGUUCCCUCGGCGCAUCGAUCCUCUCGGUCGGCUUCACAACAGUGUACUGGGUCUUCUCCGAGCUCGAGGACGCGUAUGAGAGGGCCUACGGAAUUUACGAUCCAUCCUCGCCGGAAAUGGAAAUGACGACACCGGCGCAACGGGAGAGGAACCAGCCCCUGCCCCCGACUCCGAAGCUCGCCCACCGGUACAGGUGCUAUGUCGCGGGUGUUUGCGCCGUGCUGGGAUCGCUUGUGGUCACCUUGUUCGGGCCUGUGAUCGGAGCGCUGAUCCUGAUCAAGCACGGCGUCACGGACGGCGCGUUCACUGCGAUGCGUGCGAUGGAAUGGGGCGGUAUCAUGACCGGAGUGCUCGUCGGCAUCAUACUUGUCUGCGUGGCCGCGUGCCUCGUAGUGGAGCAAUGCUACUCUGAUAACAGUAAUUGA